AUGGAUAAGUGCGCAACACACACAAGUCGGGACCGCCAUUACCGACGUCAUUCGAGGUCUAAAACUCACUGCAGAACGUUAACCCGGUGGACGUUUCGGUCCUGCCAAUAUACGAUGGCGGGUCUGCCAGUGACGGCGAAAGCAGAGUGUUGGAUUUGGUACGGGUUGGCCAUCUGCUCGGUCAUCAUGAGAUUUAUGUCCCAGUAUAUCAUCAGAAGGCGCAAGUUCCUUCGCGACAUCCCCCCGGAUGAUAUUGUGAUGCUUGUUCUUGUCUUCAUCUAUACCACGGCAAUCGCUUCCCUAUACAUGUACUUCGAGAUUGUUGCCGAGACCGAUUUCGAAACCAUCACCCCCGAGCAAGAUGCCGCGAUCGGCUACGAACUGGGGGUUCUCAACAUCCUCGCCGAAACGGCCAUAGAAACAACGCUGUGGGGUAAUAAGUGCUGCCUCCUCAUACUCUAUAACCGCCUGACUCUCUUGGGUCACUACCGGAAGACGUGGUUCACCGUCGCCGCCUUCACGGGGCUAGCAUACCUUAUGGUCAUCGUGGCACUCUAUGGAGGGUGGUGUCGUCCAUUCUCCGACUACAUGGAACUCGUGCCUGGAAACUGCAAGUCUCCCCACUGCGAGAGACUCUGGCUAACGCGAUGCUCAGUGGAGUGCUUGACGUGGACAAAUUACAACAUCUUGCAGAUCACGAUGAACCUCUCGACGGAUCUUAUUCUGCUUCUAAUACCCGUCACACUUAUCAGCAAAUUGAGGAUGAGGAUUGGAAAGUAUGCGCCCCUUGGGAUUGCCUCCGUAUCGGCUCGAAAGCAAAGUGCUAACGACCAUGGUCUCGCCAGGAAAAUCCUUCUCAUCUGCCUCUUUAGUAUGGGCGUUUUCGUCAUGCUCUGCGCAAUCUUGACCAAGGUCAUGGUCUUCACCCACUCAGUCGAUCCCGUCUGGUUCCUGUGGAGUGUUCGAGAGUGUAGCACGGCGAUGCUGGUCGGCAACCUCGUCCUCGGCUUACCGAUCCUCCGGACCUGCUGGCGCUUCUUCGUCCCCAAAACCGACGGCAGCUCGGGGGCCAAGUCGUCAGAGGCGAGCUCGGGUGCCACGGGCGACUCGUACGCUUCAAAGACGGCCAGGGGCGACACAGCGGCCUUGGAGCCGCUCUCGUCGAGGUCGGCGCCGACGGGGCGGGUGGCGAUCAAUAGCGUUUACACGGACAUCGAGCUUCACGGCAAGGACGGUACUCAGGGCAUGACACGGAGGCUGUCGGUCGGGCAGGAGAGCGUAUGA